AUGGGAUCAAGAAAAACAAAUGCAAGAGGAAGACAGUUACAAGAGGUAAUAAAUGAAGGUUAUUUUAACUGUAUUGAUGAUGUUAGUACCACAUUUGAAAAGAAUGAUUAUGAAGUAAAGAUUGACUGGAUAUUAGCCAGUCAACCUCUUCAUUCAUUAAUAUCAAACGUCGAAACCCACCCAACAAUCGGUACAUUAAGUGGUCACAAACCAUUAACCUUUGUUAUACCAAUUGGAUCUGAACCCAAACCUGCAUCUCCAAGAUUAUCCCUUAACUUCAAAGCAGCAAAUUGGCCAAAAUUUAGAAAUAAAUUAAAUGAACAACUAAUGCUAUGGAACAAACAUCAUUAUAUAAAUUCAGAAUCAGAUGUAGAAGAAUAUACGUCGUUUAUUACCAACAGCAUUACUACAGCAACACAAGAAGCCAUACCAACAUCAAAAAAAUUGAACACAAACAUUAAACUAAGUGAAGCAACCAAACAUCUGAUCCAGCUCAAACAUAAAACUUAUCGUAAAUGGAAGAAGACUGGAGAAGAUAGUGAAAAACAACAAUAUUAUAAAUGUAAGUUAACAAAAUAUGCACAACAACAUAUGCAUUCAUCUGGUCGUCGUCGACAUGCAGCAGUUAUAUUAUUCGAUAUCAAAGCUGCCUUCGAUUCUGUCUGGCACGAUGGAUUAAUAUAUAAAUUAAAUGAACUACGUCUGCCACAAUACUUAACAAAUUAUCUCAUCUCUUUUCUACAGAAUAGAACUGCGGCUAUUGAAAUUGAAAACAUUCUAUCAAGACCAUUUAACCUCAACAGCGGCACUCCACAAGGGUCUCCGUUAUCUCCAUUACUCUAUAUUAUAUACACGGCAGAUUCGAUGAAUGGAAUACCAGAACAUACAGAACAUGGUCUAUUUGCCGAUGAUACUGCUCUAUGGACAUCAUCAAACACAAUAACAAGCCUUAGUUCUAGGCUACAACAAUCCAUAGAUGAAUUUCAAAGUUGGUGCAAUUCAUGGAAACUUAAACUACAGCCCAGUAAAACUGAACUCGUUCACUUUACUGUACAUCCUCGUAAACAGUUUAAAAAUCCAAUAUCGGUAAAAAUAGAUGAUACAACUGUCAAAGCAUCCAAUUCAACAAGAUAUUUAGGUGUUAUCAUCGAUAAAACGUUGAAUUGGAGAAGUCAUCUACAUCACAUCGAAUCGAAGAUUGCUGGUCGUAUUAGUCUGUUACGGUUUUUAAAUAGAGCAGCUUACGAACCUAAUGACAAAAUUAUGUUAAACAUCUUCAAAUCAAUUGCAAGAUCGAUUAUCAUCUAUGGUUAUCCAAUAUUACUUACUGCCAAUGAUAAAAUAUGGGAAAGACUACAAAUAAUGCAAAACAAAGCCAUUCGUGCUGCAUUAGGAUUACCCAUAUAUACAUCCGUCGAAUAUAUCCAUCGAAUUACCAAUAUCCCCAAAAUUAAAGAAUAUGCCGUUACUCUCCUGCAACGUUAUAUUCAAACAGCAACAUCAAAUAACGACCAACUACUGACCAACAACCUGCAAGAUAUAUUCAACAAACUUCAAUAA